UACGCCACAAAAAAACGAUUUCGGGAAAUGAAAAGUGCCGAAAAACGUGUCGCCUGGCUGUCUGGACUACCGUAUGACGCGGAUCUGAAAAUUUUGGAAGAAUCUGAAAAAUCUGAAAGUCUGGAAAAAGACACAAAAAUCUACACAAUUCGAGACUUGUUCUCUUCUUGGCCAAUUGCCUACAGUACCAUUGUCAUAGGCUCACUUUGGUUUUCUACGAGCGUCUCCUCAUUCGGUGCCGACUUAAACUCUGGAAAUUUGGCUGGAAACUUCUAUUUGAGCCAGUUUGUGUCAGCUGCAGCGAUUGCUUUAUCGAAAAUUUCAAUCUUCUUGCUGGACACAUAUUUGCCGAGUUUUAAUCGACAAAAGCUUCAUCAAAUCCCUCAAAUUAUAAUGAUUUGCUGCUAUUCGGCUAUUAUGGUACUUAUGAUAUCGCCGGAUCAGGAUUGCUCAUCUCAGGGAUCUAGGAAUUUGGCUAUAAUCAUCAUUAACAUCAUUGGAGCAUCAUUCAUUGAGCUCACUUGGGACGCUUGUUAUCUGGUCGCCGCUGAAAUUUUUCCAACGAGAAUACGAACGAUUGGCAUUGGAACAUGCUCUCUGUUGGCUCGAACUGGUGCUCUUUUGGCACCACAAAUGGCAUAUCUAUCCGAUAUCUAUCGUCCAAUUCCAUAUGCAAUUGUAUGCUCAAUUGGCAUUAUUUCACUUUUAGUCUCUUGUUUUUUCCUUCCCGACACAAAAGGCGUCGAUUUGGCCGCACUGGAUAAUGGCGGGAAUUUGAAUUCGGCGCCAAAUUCUGAGGAGGAUGAAAUUCGAAUUGAGGUCGCCGAGAAU